AUGACGCUGCGGUGUUCCUGUUGGAUUCCCAAAAAGAAUGAAGAGAAAGUUCGAAGCAUUUUGCGCUCCAUGGAAGUCACUGGCGACGAGCAGGGUUCGGCUUUUUUGUUAACUGAAAAAGACUCCGCGGCCGCAAUGCCUCCGACUUACUUCAAGUCCACGGAGUUCACUGACCCCAGCCAAAUGCUCGUGGACACGUACGGCGUUCCGCGCUACCAGGAAGCAAACCCUGCGUUUUUGACUUCGAUAACAUUUCCGUUUUUGUUCGGAGUGAUGUACGGGGACAUCGGGCACGGGGCGAUAGUGCUGCUGCUGGGGCUGUUCCUGCUGCUGCGGCAGCAGCAGCUGCUGCAGCAGCGCGGGCUGCUUGCUGCCUUCGUGCCUUACCGCUACCUCCUCUCCCUCAUGGGCCUUUUUGCUUUUUAUGCUGGCUUUCUUUAUAAUGACCUUUUCGCCCUCGGGGUGGACCUUUUCGGCUCCAGGUGGACGGAGGAGGGCCACGAGCCCAUCAACGGCGGCAUUCGCCUCAAGCAGCUUGGCGAGGACCCGUACCCGUUCGGGAUAGACCCGGCGUGGAAGGGCGCGACGAACGAGCUGCUGAUGGUGAACUCCGUGAAGAUGAAGCUGUCGAUUGCAAUUGCUGUUGUGCACAUGGGAGUGGGGGUGCUGCUGAAGGGGCUGAACUUGCUGUUUUUCGGGGAAGUGUUGAGUUUUUGCUUCGAGUUCGUGCCGCAGCUGCUGUUCCUGCUGCUGCUGAUUGGCUACUUGAACUUCAUGGUGGUGCUCAAGUGGGUGUCGCCGCGCAGCAGCAACAAGCCCAACUUGAUCAGCAGCAUCAUCAACAUGUGCAUGAUGGGCGAAGUGGCUCCGGAGGAGCAGCUCUAUGCGCACCAGCAGACCGUCGAGCGCGUGCUGCUGCUGCUGCUGCUGCUCACCAUCCCCGUCAUGCUGCUCGUCAAGCCCACCGUGCUGCUCCUCCGCAGCAAACGCGCAGCAGCAGCAGCAGCGGCGGACAAGCAGCAGCAGCGCGCCGCCGCCCCCGGCCACGACGCCCUCGACGCCGCCGAAAACGGCAACGCCGCCGCUGCUGCUGCAGACGCGCCCCCGCAGCAGCAGCAGCAGCAGCAGCAGCAGCAGGAGGAACACGAAGGCGCGGGGGACUUGUUCAUAUUUCAAAUGAUCGAAACCAUCGAGUUCGUGCUCGGAACUGUCUCCAAUACUGCUUCUUACUUGCGGUUGUGGGCGCUUUCGCUGGCCCACCAGCAGCUGUCGCUGGUGUUCUACUCGCAGACUGUAGUGCGGGCGCUGACGCUGUCGGAAGACACUGCUGUUGUUGCUGCUGCUCUCUUUCUGGUCUUCAGCCUCUUCGCAUGCAUCACUUUCGGAGUUAUUUUGUGCAUGGAUUUGCUGGAAGUGGCGCUGCAUGCGCUGCGGCUGCAGUGGGUGGAGUUCCAGAACAAGUUCUACAAGGGCGACGGCCACAAGUUCGAACCCCUCGACUUCCUCCUCGUCGUCAAGAGAAAAGCAGCUUAA